UGAGUGCUCUCAACAACUAAAAAGUGGGGGCAACCCACAAAGCCAAAGCGCCAAAUGAAAAAGGAAGAAAAAGGCACUCUCCAUUUCCAGAGAUGCAGACGAUCUCUAAGGCCUCCUCUUCCGCCAUGCUCUCCCUCCCUUGCUCUCGGGGGAGCGGGGGGCUCUGUGUGUGGCCUGGGACGAGGCAGCUUUGCUUCCGGAAAGGCCUACUGUACGGAUUCAUGCACCUCUUGUCAGUGCCGUUGAAGUCCCUGCGCGGCGCCGCCAGUCGGUCCCUCGGAGUUUCUCAGUUUUGUAGUGUCGCCAAAAUCUCGGCGUCGUUGCAAAUCGAAUUGGUACCGUGUCUUAGAGAUAACUAUGCAUAUCUUUUGCACGAUAUGGAUACUGGCACAGUUGGUGUUGUUGAUCCUUCUGAAGCUGUACCUGUUAUAGAUGCUUUGAGAAAGAAAAACCGAAAUCUGACAUAUAUACUGAAUACUCAUCACCAUCACGAUCACACUGGGGGAAAUGCAGAGUUAAAAGCAAGGUACGGUGCAAAGGUGAUUGGUUCAGGAAUAGACCGAGACAGAAUACCUGGCAUUGAUAUCGUUUUAAAUGAUGGAGACAAAUGGAUGUUUGCAGGCCAUGAGGUCCAUGUUGUGGGGACGCCUGGUCAUACUAAAGGUCACAUCAGCUUCUACUUUCCUGGAUCAGGGUCAAUAUUUACAGGGGAUACUUUGUUCAGCCUAUCAUGUGGCAAGUUGUUUGAAGGAACACCUGACCAGAUGCAGUCUUCCCUUACAAAGAUCAUGUCAUUGCCAGAUGAUACGGAAGUAUACUUUGGUCAUGAAUAUACAUUGAGUAACUCUAAGUUUGCCUUAUCUAUUGAACCUGAGAAUGAGGCACUUCAGUCCUACGCUGCCCGUGUCGCACAUCUUCGCAGCAAAGGCGUGCCUACGGUUCCUACCACCUUGUUAUUGGAGAAGGCUUGCAAUCCUUUUCUUCGCACAUUCAGUACGGAAAUCCGGCAGGCGUUGAAUAUUUCAGCCUCAGCAAGUGAGGCAGAAGCCUUGGGUGUCAUACGCCAAGCAAAGGAUACCUUUUAAUGUUUGUUCCGGUCCUUGUUUCAUUUUGUAUAGCAGAUAGAGUGAGAGCUCAAUCAGCUCAUACAUUUCAUUGAGUAAAUUUAUCCAUAUAAUUUUCAAGUC